AUGCGUAGCCUUUUGAAAGCAUUCUUACUUGCGCCGGUCAUAGUGUCGGCGUUUGUUUUACCACCAACUUCAAAACAAGAUGUUGAUGUCGAAUUCGAAAAGAACGAUGUUGAUACUACUGUUAAACUUAUAUCUGAUCUACUCUUUUAUAUCCAUCAAAUCUAAUUACAACUAAUAAAGGCAUAUACUAUGGGAUUCGUUCGACUUGAUCUUGGACAUGAUUCCUCAUCAGCUGAUGUUUCCCCUCUAGACCUUCGAGUUGAUAUCCUUCCACAGAAGCAUGUGGCUUUGGAAAUGUGUUAAUCGAUGGUCAACCUCUUUCACAAACAUUCGAUUCGGAAACUUCAAUCUCAUCUGGAAGAGGUUCCAUUUCGACAUCAACAAAUAAAGUCGUAGUGGGAUCAUGGUCUGUCGAUUGUGUCAUUAUCGAUGGCAAACCACGUGGACAACUUAUGAAGUUUAUGAUUGAUUUUGUUGAUGGAAAGACAAUUGCGAACUCAGGAUUCUCUAUUUUGUUCAGACAAACUGAAGGAACGGAAAUCAUGAACAUCGAAACUAUUUCAUCGGAAGAGGAUCAAGUUAUCGAACAUCAUUCAUCAUCGGAUAAGCAACAUCAUAAUGGAAUGGGUCCAGAGGGAGAACACAAGCAUCAUAUGGACGAAGGAUCUAAGGAGGAACACAAAAUUUAUAUGAGCAAGAGUCCUCAAGGAGAACAUAAAGAUCAUAUGGAUAACGGCCCAGAAGGAGAGCAUAAACACCAGAUGGGCCACAAAGAGUUCAACAUUUCACAAAGAGUUGGGCGAACUUAGAUAUAUGAAAGCUCAAAUGAAAGAGUUAAAGUAUCUCCUCCAUGAAAAGAAGCAUCACAUCUCAAGAUACGCUCGAGAACAUCAUGAUCUUCACGAUAGAAUCAGAGAUUGUGAUAGUCUUCGAUGUGUCGCUAGAGUUAUCAGCGAGAGAGCUCGUAAAUUCUACGGAAGAAUUGCUGGGGAUGAAUUUGAUGAAGAAUCAUUCCAUCAUUCUCGCAUGUCCCACUCAACGAAGGGUAAGAAACAUGGUAAAAGAUUUGAUGGAAAGCCAGAUAGCCAUACAUCUGGUAACCAUACUUCUCCACAUGUACCCCACGGCAAAAAUAAUCAUACCGGUCCACACUUCCCUCCUCAUCGACACCAUGUUCUUCCAAUAUGUCAUUAUCCUCCUCCUUUUGAUUUUCAUCCACAUGGUCCUCAUCAUGAUGGACCACAUGGACCGCCACACGAACCCCCUCAUAGACCUCCCCAUGGACCUCCUUCACACGAAUUCGGUCCUCUUGGAUUCGAACACGGAAUACACCAUGAAAUGAACCCUUUCCAUGAUGACAAUGAAGAACAUGGACGUUGGAAAGGACGACCAAGACAUCAUGGAGAUGAAUCUGAAGAAUUAGAAAGACCUCACAGGGGUCAUGACAGCUUCGAAGAUGAAUUUGAAGGACGUCAUGGGAAACAUGCUCAACCACAUCAUGAACAAGGACCACCAUCGUUUGAUGGCCCAGACCUCGAUCACCCAGAAGAACAUCAUCAUGGUGAACAUCCACACGAUGGGCCAUUUGAUGGACCCGAAUGCGACGGACCACAUCAUCCACAUGAGGGACCAUUCGAUGGACCAGAAAAUGACGGACCCCACCACAGCCCACCUCACAGCGGUCCUCACGAAGACCAAGAACCUCCCUUCCAUCCCGGCCCCCCAAGCUCGCAUCCCCCACCACCACCCUCCGAACCCGAGCACGAGCACUUCAACCCCCCUCCCCACUACCUCGAAGACAACUUCUCUGGUCCUCCACCCCACUUCCUACUCCACAUCCUCUAAUUCGCACUCAUCGGCUUCCUCCUCUCCCUCCUCCUCAUCACUCUCCACCGCCGCACCCGCAACCCCAAAACCCGUUCUACCCAAGGAUCUAACCGCCAAUCUCGUCUCGAAAACCACUGUCGCCGCCGCGCCAGUUUCAAAAGCUGGUGGAAUCAUAUCAUAGGCCAAGAAGAAGAUUUCGAAGAAAAGGAUAGAUUACUCUCUGCUUCUGAUUCUGAUUCCGAUAGUGAUUGUGAGAGUGGAAAUGAAGACACCCCCUCCGAAUUCUCAGUCAGCCAAGAUAUUUCCUCCUUGCGUAAUGCGGUGGAUGUAGUGAGCGAUAUGGUAGCUGCGGAGGAAGGACGUUCGUUUUCUUCUCUUCCUGUUCCCGCUCAUUCUGUUCCUAUUCCUAUUUCUAUUCCUGUUCAUCAACGAAAUAUAUCCGCAGAUCAAAUCCUCCAUUUCGAUGGGUAUACGCAUGGGAUUGGUAUUGAAAUUGGAGAGGGAAUGAAUGAUGAUGAUGAUGAUGAGAUAUUGCCAGCAUAUGAAGAUAAUGAUGGGAGUGAGGAGUCUGGAAGUGUGGCGGAUGGAUUUAGAUACACAACUGGAUGUAGUGCGUAUAGUCCGAGUCAUUCGGCGAGUGGGAGUGUGAGUGAUGUUUUGGGGGAUAAGGUUUAG